CAGACUUUGAGAUCCACGGUGAAACUGCAAAUUCACACCUGCAAGCAGUCAGAUUUGUCGGCAGCGUUUCAGAUGUUGCAGGAGCGCUGGGAGUGUUUGUCAGAUGUUUCGUGGUAACUCUACACCAGCAGCAAAGACGAGGUCUGUGACCCACAGUCAAGAUCAGAUAGAAGCACAGUGUUUUAUCUGCAAGACACGACCUUAAGAUGAGCCUCUGCGCUCCAGAAAUGAGGAAGUGUCAGAGCGAAGAGGAGGGUCUCGACUGUUUCACUUCAGCUGAAGUUCAGACGGACGUUCAGUCAAGAAGAAGACGACAUGGAGGCAACAACUCUCUGCAUCGGACUGUUGAUGAUCAUGCUGCUGCUGCCUGUUGCACAAGUACAGGACGAAUAUGAUGCUCAGGAGGCUGCUGUGAUCCUGGAGGGUCCCAGAUCUCCGGUGUUGGAGGGAGAUACGGUGACUCUGCUCUGCAGAAACCGGAUGCCGUUUUUCAACCUCACUGCUGAUUUCUACAAGGAUGACAUCCUGAUCAACAGCAGCAACACAGGAAGCAUGAUCAUCGACAGCGUCUCUAAAUCUGACGAAGGCCUCUACAAGUGUAACAUUUAUGGAGCUGGAGAAUCGCAGGAGAGCUGGCUGGUUGUCAAAGUUGGUGUCGUGAUCCUAGAGAGUCCCAUCCACCCUGUGACAGAGGGAGAUUCUGUGACUCUUCGCUGCAGAAAAAGUAAAACUCUCGCUAAAUACGUCGCGGAUUUCUACAGACGUGGCUUCCAUUUUGCAACCGGCUACAACGGAGAGACGACUAUCCAGAGUGUCUCCAAGUCAGAUCAAGGACCCUACAAGUGCAAGUUCUCUGGAAUCGGUGAAUCUUCAGAAAACUGGCUGGAAGUCAAAGUUAUUCCUGUGGUCCUGGAGAGUCCUGACCUUCCCGUGAUGGAGGGGGAAGAUCUAAUGCUGCACUGCAAGAACAAGGUGACCGCCAACAUCACUGCUGACUUCUAUAAAGAUGGACGCUUCAUCGGAAGCAGCUCUACAGGGAACAUGAGCAUCCACAGUGUUUCCAAAUCACACCAAGGACAAUACAAGUGUAACAUCCUUGGAGCUGGAGAAUCCCAAGACAGGUGGCUCUCUGUCAGAGAGUGUCCAGCAUCUUCUAGUCAAGUACCAGUUCUCAUUUACCUCCUCAUAAAGACUGUUUGUACCAGUUUAUCUGCGACGCUUCUGCUGUUGCUGUUGGGAAAAUAUCACCGCUGGAAACAUGGAGGUGACUAAUCUGGACGGAAAUCGCAUCCAAAUAAAUCCAACAAGGAAAGAAAGGAGGUAUCAUGUUUAUUAGCAUUCUAAGUUGCAUUUGUUUAGUAUCACACUGUACUUUUUAACAGUGAUUGACAAACUGUAUAUUUUUUAAGCAGUAUAUUUUUUAUUAUCUUUUUUGUUCAAGAAAAGGGAAUUCCCAUCUGUUUGCAAAUUUCUCUAGAAAUAAUUUGUGAUUUUAUUGUACUGUUGGAAAACAUCUUUGGUUUCUGCUGUUGUCUGUUUAAAGAUGUUCUUGGCUGAUUUCAUUGCUGAAAGCUGUAGAUGAAGUUUUGCUGUGGCUGCUGUCUAGUGUGAGAAAACAUUUCUGAGAAGUGAAAGCAGCUCAGGUUCAGACUUUUUUCAGCUCAGGUGUCUCCAGAUUCUGGAUCCUCUCUGACCACAGAAAGCGUCUCUGAAACCCUGAGCAGACAAACCACAGCGUCUUGUGUCUCUAUGAAAAGAAGUCAUGGUUGAUGUUUGGUCAGUCAAACAUGACAGAAAGCUGCUGAAACACUGGGGUCCGAAAAUAAUUUGUACAAUUAAUAAGUCACAGCAACAUUACUUAUGAGAAAUGAUACACUGACAGGCAUUUUCAUGACUUAAUGAAUCAUAAAUUUAACAAAAGUUGAGCUGCAGGUUUUAGUGUUUUAUUUCUGUUGCAUUAUUCAUCACUGUGGUUCAAUCUAAAAUCUUGCACCUCUAUAGAAACAAAACAACCAUGAAGAUGCAGAGAGAAAGUCAGAAAUAUCUUCAGUGAAGUACCACAAAGUUAUAAAGACGUUAAUCGUGAAAAAUAGAAAACUGAAGUUGAAGUUUCUUUGAUUACUUAUUUGACAAAAAACAAACUGAUCAAUUUUCACAACAAGAAAACUUGGUACUCCACAAACUUCCUGCAUUUUUCUUAUUAAAGGCUUCAAGGUUGCAGCAAGAGAUACUGAUUUUUUUAUUUUAUUUUUUUUAAAGUUUUUAACCAAUUCUGUUUCGAAUAAAUUGUGUAUAUUUACAGAAUUUUCAAUUGCGACAUUUUAAAAUAAUGCACUUUUGAUGAAACAUCACAAAUGGAAGCUUUGAUCUGGUUCAUUGUUGACAGAAACAAAUGUCACAUGAGUAGUUCAAAGUUUUUCUUGCUUCUGGCUCUAAUAAAUGGUCGUUUUGGAGAUGCCUCUCAGUGCUAGAGUUUAAAGAUUGGGGGGUAAGGAAUAAUUAAAAGCAAAAUGUUCCAUUUCUUUCUGUAGUAAAUGCAAAUUUAUUGUAUAGGAAAAGCUGAUGACAUGCAGACAGGCAUCAUGCUGUGAUUGUUUUAUGUUGUACUGGUUAGUUAAUAGUCAAAGAGCUGGAACUUCUGACACAUUGGUUUGUUUGUUUUUUUUUUUCUGUUUCCACACAACAAAGAAAACAAAGAGGAAACACCAACAUAAGCAGCACAACCUGAUGAACAUUCAGCUGCAGUAAUGAAUCCUGGAACACCCUGGUGUCAAUUUAAAAUCUUUAAAAAGGACAAAAACAUAAGUGAGCCACAUUUCGGAUGAACCAACCUGAAAUCUGCUCUGGUUGUGUUUCUGCUGGACUCUGCAGCUGAAGUUGUUGCUGUCGCUCUUCUCCACAACACAGAAUGUCUGAAUGCAGAUGAUAUUUUCUAAUUAUUUCUCCUUGUUGCUCUCUGUUGCUCUACUUCAGACUCAUUGUCUUUUGUAUAUUUCUGGUUUUGUACAUUAAAUAUAUUCUCUUCCA